AUGACUGUAAAGCCUGAGAAGGUUGAGAAACAUGGAUCUGUUAUUCCAAUUUGCAAGCCUGAGUUGAGGCCUUAUGAAGGUCAAAAAUUUUCUUCCCUUGAGGAAGGAAUUUCCUUUUAUGAAAAGUAUGCUCAGGAGUCUUGUUUUGAUUGUCGAAGAUUUGGAAAUAGGUCUAGUGGUGGUGUUAUUAUUUUUCAGUAUGUUGUUUGCAAUAGACAAGGAUUUCAUACAGUAGAUUCGUUGGAUGUUGAUGUAAGUGUAUCUGAGGAUGGUAAUGUAUCAGAUGAUGAUGAAGUAUCUUCAAAGAAGAGACGUAGACGUGGCACCAAAAGGUGUGGAUGUGGAGCGAGAAUUAGUUUUAAGUUUUUUUCUGAUUUUGGUGAUAAGUAUUACCUUGUGCAUCAAUUCGUUGAGGAACACAAUCAUGCUAUGGUUGACAAAGAUCAUAAGCGAUUUAUGAAAGGUAAUCGGAGUUUGAAUGAUGUUCAUUAUAAGUUUGUUGAAGAUUGCACCAAAGCUAACAUCGGUCCUACCUCAACUUUCAACUUAUUAAAGGAGUUUUUUGGUGGUUAUGAUGUUGUUGGGUGUACGUUGAAUGAUGUUAGGAAUUGUUCACGUGAUAUUAAAGAGAAAUUAAAAGAAGUGGAUGUGCAAAUGAUCCUAAAUCAGAUGCAAGAGAAGAAGAGAAUUUGUGAAGGGUUUUUUUACAAAUAUCAAUUAUCACCUGAAGAUAAUAAGUUAGUGAGCUUAUUCUGGUCUGAUGCUGAGUCUCGGAAGCAUUACCACAUGUUUGGAGAUGUUGUAGCAUUUGAUACAACAUAUUCAACAAACAAGUAUCGUAUGGUGUUUGGUCCAUUUACCGGGAAAGACAAUCAUGGUUGUCCUAUUGCGUUUGGAGCUGGUUUCGUAUCCGGUGAGAAUUGUGAUGCAUUUUCAUGGCUUUUCACUGUAUUUGUUGAAUGCAUGGGUGUUGCUCCAAGAAUCAUAAUCACUGACCAAGAUUGGGGAAUGAGGCUUGCCAUUGAGAAGGUAUUACCUGGUACAAGGCAUCGUUUGUGUAUGUGGCAUAUUAUGAGCAAGUUAUUUGAGAAGAUACCUAAAUCAAUUUCUGAUAGAGAAAAGUUUAGUAAGGAGUUUAAAUCUUGUGUUUGGUCAGAGUUGUUAGAUCCGGAUGAGUUUGAUAUAUUAUGGACUAGUAUUGUUGAAAAAUAUAGUGUAGAAGAUCAUAAGUGGUUUAAGGAUAUGUUUUUGAUUAGACAUAUGUGGAUCCCAGCCUUCUUUAGAGAUGUUCCUAUGGGUUCUUUAAUGAGAACAACAUCUUUUUCAGAAUCUGAAAACAGUUUUUUUAAGAGGUACUCGAAACCGUUGUUCAAUUUUGCUGACUUCACUCUUCAGUAUAACAAUGCCAUUGAUGCUCAAAGGAAUCAAACUGAAAGGCUUGACUAUUAUGAUUCUGUAAUCACUCCAAAAUAUGUCACUGAUUUAGCAUUUGAGAAGCAAUUGGCAUCUGUAUACACAGAUAGGAUGUUUAGAGUGGUACAAGAAUUUAUUGUUGAGGCUGAUAAGAGUUGUCGGAUGAUUAACAUGUCCACAUUGGAGAAUAUCGAGGUCUUCAAAGUUUCUGAUGCUAGAAAGAAGAUCUUUACAGUUACACAUGAGAUAGAGACUGAGUCAUAUGAAUGUUCUAACAAAGAUGACAAACUACAGAUUGCUAAUAGGUGUCAUGGACGUUACUUUGGUCUAUAUCAGCGUGCUUUUAGGAAUAAAGAUCAUUUGAUUGCUUUGGAUAAUUUGCUUGCGGGUAUUGGUCCUCAAAUCUUUAAAGAUGACUGUGCUGGAUCGUCGUCUCUUGAUAAAAAUGAUUCAAUCAUGAACAUAUAUGGUAUUGUUGUUCCUGAAGAAAUAACUGCCCAUGCUCCAGAUGUGGUUAGUACAAAAGGAGGUGCAAGUGACAAGAAAAGCAGGAUUAAGUCAAGCAUAGAGAAAGCAAUUGAAAAAGCAAAUAAACCUCAUAGGCGUUGUGGAAAGUGUCACAAAGUUACUGAUCAUAAUGCUAGAAGUUGUGGCAGAAAGGAGACAUGA